AUGCGUGGUCUUCUCCAAACAGAUAAUACCUUAGAAGAUUGUUUGCAAGAAGCAUCAAUAUUCCAAAUGCCUAACAGUUUGAGACGGUUAUUUGCAACAAUAUUGGUCUUUUGUAAUCCUAAUAAUCCAAGAUAUCUGUGGGAACGAUUCGAAAAAGACAUGUCAAUGGAUUACAAAACAUCAGAAGAUUCCACUUCAAACGUAAGACUCGAAGCACUAAAGUUAAUUGCUUUAGCAAUUGAGUCAAUGGGGAAAGAUAUUAACACAUUCAAUCUCAUAGACAACCACAUCUCAUUUGAUGAUGAAGAAAUUCAGACAAGAGAAGUCAACGAUGAACUAGGUGUCGAAGCCCCAGAAGAAGAUAAAGCAGCAUCAGAAUACUUAAAUACCGAACAAAAAGAAAUUUGCGAUGCUAUCUUAGAAAAAGUAUUUGACAAUAAAAGUGCUGCUUUCUUUAUAGAUGGACCUGGUGGAACUGGAAAAACAUUCUUAUACAAGGCUCUUUUGGCUAAAAUACGAUCAACAAAUUUAGUAGCUUUAGCAACUGCAUCUUCAGGUAUUGCUGCAUCCAUUCUUCUUGGUGGGAGAACUGCACAUUCAAGGUUUAAACUUCCACUUCAUACUGGAGAUAAAAACACAUGUACUGUGAGCAAACAAAGUGGUCUAGCAAACUUACUUCGCCAAGCAAAAUUAAUAAUAUGGGAUGAAGCUCCAAUGACAAGAAAACAACAUUUAGAAGCAUUUGACCAAAUGCUAAAGGAUAUUACUGAUUCAGAUUUACCAUUCGGAGGAAAAGUAGUUGUUUUUGGUGGAGAUUUUAGACAAGUUUUACCAGUAGUUCGUAAAGGUACAAGAGAAAAACAAGUUCAAUCAAGUUUGGUAUAUUCAUAUUUGUGGUCUACAUUAACCAAAGUCCGAUUAAUAGAAAACAUGCGAGCAAGAUUAGAUCCAGCAUUCUCAAAUUAUGUAUUAGAAGUUGGAAACAGAAUGCCUCCAAACACAGUUAAUGAAAUGAUAAAAAUACCACACCAAAUGCUUAUUCCAUAUGUUGAAGAAAAGAUUUCCGUUGAUCAACUGAUAGAAGAUGUUUUCAACAACCUUACUGAUUUUUCAAACAAUAUUUCAACUAUGAUGAAUCGAGCAAUAUUAACACCGAAAAAUGAUUUUAUAGAUGAAAUAAACACAUUGUUAAUUAAUAGAUUCCCUAGUGAAGCACAACGGUAUUAUAGUUAUGACGAAACCAUAGAUGUAUUUGAACAACCUGUAAUGGAAGACUUCUUACACAAAUUAACUCCUAAUGGACUCCCGCCACAUGAAUUAAUACUUAAGAAGAAUUGUCCAAUAAUGCUACUCAGAAACAUAAAUGCUUCAGAAGGACUAUGCAAUGGAACCCGCCUAAUUUGA